AUGUGGACGUUCUUUUUCGCGCUAGCCCUUUUCUUCCAUUUUCAGCAAGGUUCGGUGUAUUUUCCAGAUAUAAUAGAGUGAGAUAUUCAGGCUCAAAUACUGAAUAGACGCCGAUAAAAUAGCUUUUUUGGAAGAUUUUCCACUUAAAGUUUUUUUUUCAUAGUUUGCUGCGUAAAUUCCUCUCAUUGAUAACUUCAAUAAUUCUCCAUUUCUCUAGCAGUACAAAUUCAACAAAAUCUUGCUCCUUUUUUCACAGAGGAUGCAACUGAAGUUUACUACAUUCUCACAUAAAUUGGUGUUGGAUCUUUUGAAAAAAUACGAACUACCACAAUAUUUUUGACAAUAUUGCAUAGCAAAAGUGAAAAAAUCUCGAAAAAAACUCAAAUAAACAGAAAAAAUGUUCAGGAGUUGAAUCGGCGACCCUGUUGGAUGCGUUCUAUAAACACCGGAGGGCGAAAGAAAUUGCUUACAACAAUAAUCAUAUUGGGGUUGGAAAAAAAUUCGUAAAUUUCUAAAGUGAAAAAAUUUCAGAUUGUGGGCCCAGUGACUCUGGAUGCAGAAGCUCGUCGGCCGGUAAGUCCCGAUUUUCAUCUUUUGAUUUUUCUAGAAUACUUUUGCUAUCUACGAUUCGAUUUUUAUAAUGCAGUAGUUGAUUAUUUCAACCUCACAUGAAAAACAGCAUCUUUGUCUUUUAGGGACAUUUCGUUCAAAUGGAUGCCGAAGACGACUAUUUCGCCUUGAGGCCUCACGAAUUGCCGACGAGGACUUCUGCCAAGCUGGUCAAUGUAAGGUUUCCUGAAGAUUCCUCUCCAAUCCCCCUGAGCGGAAAAACUCAGCUCUCAGAAAAACGUCGAGACCAAAUUCAAACUAAAACUUCAAUUUCAAAAGUUCAGCUCUAGUCAGAACGUUUUGUUAAAAGAAAUAAAAUUUAAACUCUCCUCUGCUAAACCAAAUAUCUGUGUGAAUAGUUUUAUGAGGUGAAAGGCCAAUUCGAAACAACGUGGUCGCAAGUAGAAUGGCUCAAAGCGUCGCAGUCCAAGUGGAUAUUCUUCUUUGCUCUAGAGCUUCUUGAUGAAACUACGCGCAAGUCGUUUCGAGUCGGACUCGUCCUCUCGAAAGCGCUUUUCAGCCGACGUGCGACCAUGAAAUUUCAAGUUAGAACCAAUAGAAUAUCAAAUGCAGUUAGCAAGUCUUUGUUCCGUGGAACAGACUCCUCGAAUGACCAAAUCGAGUUUCUUUUCACCGUCAUUUUCAAAAUGUCUUCCAAUCACUUCUUUCUUUUCCUAUAUUUCUGUACGUUGACGGAAUUAUUUCAGCUCCUAAACGGGAAUGAACACCUGCAGAUGUUGGGUUUCCACAGAUGA